AUUCAUAUACAUUUAAGUCAAAGGCAUAGUGUUCACUCACUACUUAUAUUGAUUGAAGCCUCAACUCGGGGCAGCUGCCAGGUUCAUUUGAACCUUCUCCUUUAAAGACCGUGGACGCCACAUCAUUUGAAAGGCGCCCCAUGCCUGUCUCUUAAGUGGAGGUUAAAAGGGAAGACAGCAGCUCGGUAGUCUGGUUGAGCUUGAUAAGGAUGGGCCGCUCCCGCCGUGCGGCAGGCGCGCUGCUGCUCUUGGUAGCGGGCUUGGCUCUACUUCCAUCCGGCCUGUCUCAGGGCGACUAUGAAUUGACGUCUGACUCCGUCGAGGCGCUUACCGUGUUCCCAUACUGCCAGUGCAAUGAUUAUCGCUGUAAAGCAUCUCCUUACCGCUUGAAGUUCGCUGCUGUCACUCCCAACACGGGUGGCACUCUUGCGAAAAUUUGCUACUCCAUUGAGAUGCCUGGUUGCAGCGACGAUAACCAAUGCUGCAAGACUAUCCUUCAGCGGCUUGAAAAGAUUGAGCUGGAGGUCAAGUCGUCUUGCCAGCAGGAUGUUAAGCAGGUUACGUUGAAUGGAAAGUCGCGCACCUUCUACUUCAUAACUCAAUACACCACGGGUGUGUUGCGAGUCCCAUCUCUGAACAUCACCAAUGGCUCAGGAAACGGUGGCACGCUCUGCAUCAACGUCAACUCGACGUCAUCCUGCGCAAGCCCCAGAGGCCUCUGCCAGCGCGGCGACGGCACCUGCAAGUACAGCAUGUUUGAGUCCAGCUCCCACUCAUGCUGUGCCACCUGCCUUGAGGGCGUGUACCCAUCGCCUCCGCCGCUUGCGCCUGCCGUCCGCGCGCCGCCGCCCCUAAACCCUCCGCCAUCUCCUCAUCCUCCUCCGUCGCCUUCUCCCCCUCCGUCACCUCCGCCUCCUCCCCCACCGCCGCCGCCUCCGCCUCCUCCACCUCCCCCAUCGCCUCCUCCUCCCCCGCCUCCCCCCCCUCCUCCGCCUCCUCCGCCUCCCCCUCCG